GUGGACGAGGACAUGCCAAGAACAGGAAACACAAGAGAGUCAGCCGUCCGAGCUUCACAGGGCCCGUAUCAGCUGAACCCAUAUUCAGCCCAACGCUGCCUCCAAAUCUCCUCGUCCUCUCCUCCGCCUGCUGGGACCAGUAGGCAGCGCAUCGCCUGCUACUGGGACCUUUCGGCAGCAGCAGCCAGGCCUCAUCCUGCCGCACAUAUGUGUGCACCAGGACAUGCCAGGAACAGGAAACACAAGAGAGUCAGCCAUCCAAGCUUCACAGGGCCCGAAUCAGCUGAACCCAUAUUCAGCCCACCGCUGCCUCCAAAUCUCCUCCUCCUCUCCUCCGCCUGCUGGGACCAGUAGGCAGCGCAUCGCCUGCUACUGGGACCUUUCGGCAGCAGCAGCCAGCACAUGUCACUGCAUUUUCAGCACCUUUCAUAUGCAGUGCAGUGCUGUUGCCCUGCUAGGCGCCCUCCUGUGGACAAGACAGGCAAUUGAUUGUCACAACCUUGAAAGGUAUAGAGAGCAUGGAAUGCCAUGGCUGCCCCAAGUGAUGAAGAGGAUUCCAGGGAAGACUGAAAAGCACACGCGGAACAAGGUCUUGGUGCUGGUCAGCUCAGUGGGACUUAUCAUGAAUAAGGAUUUUGUGUCCUAUGAGAAACUGAAGGACCUACUCCUGGAGCUGAAGAUGACACAGGCAGAGCUCCAAAAGUACAGGAUCCUUUCCACAUCAGUUUGUGAAAAAGUUUUCGGCUUCACUCUCUAUAAGCUCCACUACGAUAUCCUUUAUCGAAUGGGGAACCCAAAACCCCAUACGGAGAAAAAGUUGCCUCCAGAUCUUCCCCUGGAGAUGGAGGAAGAGGAUGCACCUGUACUUGAAGAGGAUGAGGAACCUGACCUAUUGCAGACGAGAGCUGUGUACAUGCCCGCUCACACCAGCAGACACUGGACACAGCAGGAAGAGGGAUUUAUCAACCUUGAUCCAACAAUCUCCACUGGCGUGGCAUACAAGGAGUAUGUCGGACAAUGCAAAGCAGCAAGACUACCUGCAAGGUCGUACAAGGGCUUUGGGAGAAAGCGAAGAGACCUUCUCAGGAAUGAAUAGGCAUGCAAGUUGAUUUCCUGUUCUAAUGAUGUCCUUUUUUUAAAUUUUGACUUUAUGUUAGAACUAGCAAUUUCAAAAAAACAACAAAAAAACAACCCACCCCUCUUUCUCUUAUUUUGACUUUAUGCUUAGAACUAGCAAUUUCAACAAAAACAACA